GGAGCGCUGGAUGUGUUGAAUGGAGGCAGGUUGUCUGACUCCAAUAAGUGGAGAGUUUGAUGUUUACUCCGUCAAUCUGGGAACUUGAGAGAGCACGACGAUCUUCAAAGGUUGUGUUAUAUCAGCAGCAUUUGAAGAAUGCCAGUGCUGUUGUCAAAGGAAUGAUAUUUUGACUCAUUUUUGUCAAUUGCAUGUAGGCAACAACAGCAAAGGUUCCUUCAACCAAUCAAACCAGGAACUUGGUCCUUGGUCAGAGGAGCUCACCUGCUCAGGAUCUGAGUUGAGUCAGCGAUGGCAGUUCGUUCAGGUAGCCCCCAGGAAGUUGUAAAGACAGAGGUGCAGUCCGAUAGAGUCAUCUUCACCUACUUCCAGGGUGACAUUGGUAGCAUGGUGGACCAACACUUCACCCGUGCCCUCGGCAAGGCUGGCAAGAACAAGGCCCACGGCGGGAAGGGCAAAAAGAGCCGCAAAGCUGUCAAAUCUGAGUCUGACUUAACGUCUUGUCGGUGGGGUGUCUCAACCCCGUCCUGGUCUGAAGGCCACUUUGCCCCUGUCUCUGGUUCCCUUCAGCUGGACGGGUCACCCGGUCUUCAGAGAACCCAUAAACCCUGACUCAGGAAUAGUUCUGGAGAAAAAGGACCUGUAUUGGUAUUAAAUUAAGUGUCAGUGCGCAGGGAAGAGAGAGAAGAGUCUGCAACACUCCAGUAAUCAGACAAUUUCCUGCCAAACCGGCCUCCUCCACAGCCACUCUCGGAAGGAUAUCAGUUCCUUGAAAUGCAACAGCUGGAACGGCCUCUCAGAAACAAAACACUUUCUGACUAACCUGUUUGCAAACCGGAUUAUAAUUCAACGAGUCGAAGGGGGGGGGUUAAAUAAAAAAUAGCCUGUUUCGAUUGUGGAGAAAGUUUACAUUACAUACUUACAUCAAGUUCCUACGUAAUAUUUUUUUUUACAAUUUAACAAUUUCAAACAUUUAUUGAAAUACUGGUGUUAUGAAUAGCUGUUGCUUCCUUCAAUGUGUGGACUUCGGAAGGAGGGGGUUUUGAUGUGAUUUUCAUUUGUGUUAUGGAACCAGCUAAUAAGGUUUAGCUCAAAGCAAAUUAAUGAAAUGCAGUUGAUAUCCUUAUAAAUGAUUGCCAUGAAAUGAAAGGGUUUUAUGGAGAGUUUUAUGAAAAAGGUUAUUCAGAGAUUGUCUAUUUUGUAUGCUCAACAGCAAUCUACAUUGCACUGUAGGCAUUGACACAAACCUCUUUUACUGUAAUAAAUGAGUUGUAAGACUUUGGAUU